CAUUGGUCACGUGAUUUAUUACGUGCCCGUCACGCUACUCUGCGACACUUCCGCUUCGAAAGAUGGACGCUGUGUCGACUGUCGAGAAGGAUUGCUAGAGUUGGACAUCUCUAGUCAGACGCCGCUCAGAGCAUACACGUUCGGUGUACAAGUCUCGUGAAACAUGGAGCUUCAGUCUGUGACUGAGGAAGAGACCCCUACAGGAGCAGAUUUAAAGGGGAACAGACAGAAGGUGAGAGUGAAGACGAGACUUGACGAAGAACAUACACAAGACUCCACACCUACAAAAAAACAGGCGAACGAUCAUGGUGUGAAAGUUGCAACCCACUACAACCGUCUGCAAGAAGUUGGGUUGGCUGCUCGCAGUCAAAGCAGAAUUUUCUUCAUGAGGAACUUCAACAACUGGCUGAAAAGUGUUCUUAUUGGUGAGAUUCUUGAGCAGGUGCGGGGAGCAGGAUCUCAAGAGAUAUCAGUCUUGGACCUCGGGUGUGGGAAAGGUGGAGACCUCCUGAAGUGGAGGAGGGGAGGCAUCAAUCAUUUAGUUUGCGCAGAUAUGGCAGGAGUUUCGGUAGAACAGUGUCAGAUUCGAUACGAAGAGAUGAAGAGGAAAAGUUACGUCAAUGAGAAAAUCUUCAGCGCUCAAUUUAUCACUGCAGACUGUGCCAAGGAGGUGCUUUCCAAAAAGCUUGAUGAUCCUGAUCUGAUGUUCGAUGUUUGCAGCUGUCAGUUUGUUUAUCAUUACUCCUUUGAAACUGAACAAAAAGCAGAGAUGAUGCUGAGAAACGCCUGUGAGCGUUUGAAACCUGGAGGUUACUUUAUUGGAACCACGCCAGAUGCUUUCGAACUUGUGAAGCGGGUGGAAGCGUCACAAUGUCUUACAUUUGGAAAUGAGGUUUUUAAAGUUUCCUUCCAGUCCAAAGGGUCAUAUCCUCUGUUUGGGUGUCAGUAUCACUUCAGCCUUGAGGAUGUUGUGGAUGUUCCAGAAUUCCUUGUCUACUUUCCACUUUUCCAACACAUGGCCAAGCGUUAUAACAUGCGUCUGGUGUUGAAACAGAGGUUCUCUGAGUUCUUUGAGGCAAAAGUGAAGAAGGACAGUCAUCGUAGUCUGAUGAUGAAAAUGAUGGCUUUAGAGCCUUUUCCUUGUGAGGAACACGGUCAGCAGGCAACAGAGAGUUCAGGAGAAUAUUGCCAUGUUAAAGAUUAUUCCAGCAGAUGUGGCGUGAGAACACCACUGGGCACUCUAAGCAGAUCUGAAUGGGAAGCAGCCAGUAUCUACCUGGUGUUUGUCUUUCAGAAAAUGUCCUGAUGCUUAAGUCUUCAUUGGAUUCUGGAAUCGGCUGUUGUUAUUUUUGUUCUGUCUGUUUUUGACCAGUUUUUUCCCUUUGUGGUUUCAGUGGCUGUAUAAAUAAAAUGUGGAAAAUC